AAAGACACAAAGAAAAUGUACGCCAUGAAGUACAUGAACAAGCUCAAGUGUGUGGAGAGGAACGAGGUGAGGAACGUCCUGAAGGAGCUGCAGAUCAUGCAGAACCUGGAGCACCCUUUCCUCGUCAACUUCUGGUACUCAUUCCAGGAUGAGGAGGACAUGUUCAUGGUGGUGGACCUUCUUUUGGGAGGAGACCUGAGGUACCACCUGCAGCAGAACGUGCACUUCUCCGAGAGCACCGUCAAACUGUACGUGUGUGAGCUGGCCCUGGCCCUGGGAUACCUGCGCACCAAGAGGAUCAUCCACAGAGACAUCAAACCUGACAACAUCCUGCUGGACGAACAUGGCCAUGUGCAUCUUACAGACUUCAACAUCGCUGCUAUCGUAAAAGACGACCUCAAGGCUACAUCCAUCGCAGGAACCAAGCCAUAUAUGGCCCCGGAGCUGUUCCAGACGUUCGAAGGCUCUCACCCGGGCUACUCCUUCUCCGUGGACUGGUGGUCUUUGGGCAUCACGGCCUACGAGCUGCUCCGCGGACAGAGACCGUACGUGAUGAGGUCCAAUACUCCGGCCAGUGAGAUCCUACAGACCUUCCACAAAGUCCACCCCAGUUACCCGGCCGCCUGGUCCCUGGAGAUGAAGUCCCUGCUCAGAAAGUUGCUGUGUAUCGACGUGCAGAAGAGGAUCUCGUGUCUGGCUGAGCUGCAGGACCUGGACUACAUGUCAGACGUGAACUGGGACGCGGUGCUCAACAAACAGCUCGCCCCCGGAUUCAUCCCCAACAAACGUCGGCUAAACUGUGAUCCCACUUUCGAGUUGGAGGAGAUGAUUCUGGAGUCCAAACCGCUCCACAAAAAGAAGAAGCGACUGGCCAGAAAGACCAAGGAGCAAGGGUCAGAUGGUUCUCCUGAGAACGGACAGCUGCAGCAGCGUCUGGAUAACGUCCAGAGAGACUUCAUCAUCUUCAACCGAGAAAAAUCCAAGAAGACCACGCUGGACUCCGAAUCGUCCGAGCUGUCCGUCACUGAGAAGAACAAGGCCAUAGAGGACGGACAAAACAACAACGUGGAACCUGCUUCUUACGUAUCAGGAUAG